GGCCGACGGGAAACAUCAUAGGUGUUAUGUGUACUUUCGUUUUCCACUUGCAAGUCAGUUUAGGGACAAAAUAAGCUUCUGAUGCUGAGUUUUGUCUGUUAUGGUGGUGUAUGCAAGAUUUUCACAUGGCAGAUAACGAUGACAAUAUUGCCAAACAGGCAGAUGAAGUGGAGGCUUUGUCGAGUAUCUUUGAGGGGUCAUUUCAUGUCGUGGAUGAAGCAACGAGGACUUACAGCAUACAGGUGACUGCAACAGAGGAUGGGGUGGACCAGGAAACAAUGCCAGUCAUGCUACAGAUCCAGAUGCCUCCGGAUUACCCUAGCAGUGCACCACCUGUGUACCAACUCAAUGCUCCAUGGCUAAGAGGGGACAAUAGAGCCGAUUUGGAGGCCAGUUUGCAAGAAAUCUACGUUGAAAAUAUGGGAGAAAGUAUUAUAUACCUAUGGGUGGAAGAAAUCAGGGAAUUUUUGAAGAGUGGUAGUUGGAGAAGUCAAGAUUGCUCUGGUGAAGCAGAUGUUACAGAACUAGAGCUUGAGUUAGAUGAUCUUGAGGUGUGUGGUAGAGAUACAGACAGGUGGAGAAGAGAAGGAUUGGCUGGGAGUCAUGGAGGUGAAGAUGCUGGGCAAGAUCAGUUGUAUACCUGCCCAGAGAUAAAACAUGGAGAACCACUUUCAGACAGGAAGAGUAAAUUCAUGGCCCAUUUAGCUCCUGUUAUCCAUGUUUCUCAGGUGAAGAUCGUGUUGGACAAACUAAAGGAGGAUAGAAAAAUUGCAGCUGCGACACAUAACAUCUUUGCUUAUCGGAUAUGCCGUGGGGACGACCCUUCCCGGUUUCACAUGGGAUGUGAGGAUGAUGGGGAGACAAAGGCAGGCAGCAGGCUCUUACAUCUGUUACAAACAGUUGAUGCCCGGGAUGUGAUUGUUGUGGUAACCCGUUGGUAUGGUGGUAUCCAUCUAGGCCCUGACAGAUUCAAACACAUCAGUGGCUUGGCCAGGCAGAUCUUGGGGGAUUGUGGCUACAUUAAGGAGAAGACAACUAAAAAAGGAACGAAGAGCUCCAAGAAAAGAUGAAAAUACUAAAUGCCUGAUCGUGGGAAAUCCUCCAUAAAUAUGGAAGUAAAGCAUGGAUAUCAGCCAUUUUUAAUGUGUAAAUCUAUCGCCAUGUAAAUUAUUUGCCAAUGUAUGAAGUUGUACUUAUUCGUUGUACAAAUUUUAUCAGUAUGAUUGUUUCUGUUAUUUGUUGUUUCUUACAGUUUGGGAACUAAAAGAAUGUACAAUUUGUUUCAAAAAUCAUUUCCGGACCAAUAUGGUGCGUCAGUUAGGUCUACAAGCAUUUCGUGAUUGCACUCCGUUGAGGCAGGUGUUCAAAUUGCCAGAUCCGCCAUCCGACCAACCGCAUUCAUCGCCAUCUCUCUUGCAAUGUGCACGGUCCCUAAUGCAUUUGAGCUCGGGAUUUACGUGAUCAAAUACACAGGCCUGUAAGCCCACUACAGUACCAUCACACGACCACAGAAAAAUGCAGAACUGGAUCUGAAAACAGUUAUAGUGUCGAAUACCAUGUAAAGGAAACCACUGGUGAUGAUGUAGAUGACGACUAAACAGACGAUGACAAACGAUGACAACAACCCAAAACAUACAGAUAAAAAUGCACUUAAGCUCACACAGAUUUGCUACUGAAUGUAACGUGCGCGUGACAUCAUAUUGCUACAUUCAUCAUCUCAACGGAUGUAAGUCGCAUGUCUGUUCAUUUAAGGUCUUAUAAUAAUCCCCUACAUGAUUUAGGUAAACUAAUUCAAAGUUUGAAGUUAUAAUGUUUUAAUUAUUUGUGACUAGGCAAAUAAAAUAGUUUGUUUGGUGACACACUUGA